GUUAUUAUUAUAAUUUUAACUGAUUUUUUUGGGUGGAUUGAUUAUAUUUUGAUCGAACAAUUCGCUAAUAUUUUCCAUGGUAAUUCAUAUGAACAACAAUAUCACGUUGCUACUAUGAAUAAUGCACCGUUAUUGUCAAAUAAUAUUCCCUCAAGGAGUAAUAACACUGUUGAACAAUUCACUGCUGAUGCUUGUACCGUUUGUGGUGAUAAGUCAACAGGUAUUCAUUAUGGGGCAAUAAGCUGUGAAGGAUGCAAGGUUAUUUUUCCUUUAUUUAUUUAA